GCGGCUUUGUUGCGGGGGCUCUGGCCACCGGUGAGGCACACUCCCCUCCCUAUAUUGUCUGCGCUCUCCUGAGUUUCGAGAAGGAAAGAAACCAUGCUGUUUUGGCACACUCAGCCGGAGCACUACAACCAGCACAACUCCGGCAGCUAUUUGCGUGAUGUCCUUGCACUGCCAAUCUUUAAGCAGGAGGAACCUCAGCUGUCCCCUGAGAAUGAAGCCAAACUGCCCCCAUUUCAGUAUGUGCUCUGUGCAGCCACAUCACCAGCUGUGAAACUUCAUGAAGAAACUCUGACCUACCUCAAUCAAGGUCAGUCUUAUGAAAUUCGACUUCUGGAGAAUCGGAAGCUGGGAGAUUUUCAGGAUCUCAACACAAAAUAUGUGAAGAGUAUCAUCCGUGUGGUUUUCCAUGAUCGGCGACUCCAGUACACAGAGCAUCAGCAGCUGGAGGGCUGGCGAUGGAGCCGACCUGGGGAUCGAAUCCUGGAUAUUGAUAUCCCUCUCUCUGUUGGCAUCUUGGACCCCAGGGCCAGCCCAACACAAUUAAAUGCAGUUGAAUUUCUGUGGGAUCCCUCAAAAAGAGCUUCAGCCUUCAUUCAGGUACAUUGCAUCAGCACAGAAUUCACACCCAGGAAACACGGGGGAGAAAAAGGAGUUCCUUUUCGAGUGCAGAUUGAUACCUUUAAACAGAAUGAGAAUGGGGAGUACACAGAACAUUUGCAUUCAGCCAGUUGCCAGAUCAAAGUGUUCAAGCCAAAGGGAGCAGAUCGGAAACAGAAGACAGAUAGGGAGAAAAUGGAGAAGAGAACUGCACAGGAGAAGGAGAAGUACCAGCCAUCUUAUGAAACUACAAUCCUCACAGAGUGUUCUCCAUGGCCAGAUAUUCCUUACCAAGUAAACAAUGUCCCAUCACCGAGUUACAACAGCUCUCCAAACAGCUUCAGCCUGGGAGAUGGCAACAGUUCUCCAACUCACCAAGUGGAGCCUCUGCCUAUCAGCAAUGAUCACCUCCUUCCUUCCGCUUCUAUUCAAGAUGCCCAGCAAUGGCUUUACCGCAAUAGGUUUUCUCCGUUCUGUAGACUCUUCUCAAGUUUCUCUGGUGCUGACUUACUGAAGAUGUCCAAAGAAGAUUUUGUUCAAAUCUGUGGCCCUGCUGAUGGGAUCCGCCUCUUCAAUGCCAUCAAAGGCAGAAAUGUAAGGCCAAAGAUGACCAUCUAUGUGUGCCAGGAUUUGGAGCAGAACAGGUCUCAUCUUCAGCAGAAGAGAGAAGGUGGAGACAGCAAUUUGUGUGUGUACCAUGCUAUCUUUUUGGAAGAGCUGACCACUUUGGAGCUAAUUGAGAAGAUUGCAAAUCUCUACAGCAUUUCCCCUCAGCAUAUUAACCGAGUCUACAGGCAGGGACCAACGGGGAUCCAUGUGGUGGUGAGCAAUGAGAUGGUACAGAAUUUCCAAGAUGAAUCUUGUUUUGUUAUCAGCACAUUAAAAGCUGAAAGCAAUGAUGGCUACCACGUCAUCUUGAAAUGCGGACUCUGAAUGCCAGGAUCCUUAACCACAUCAGACUCCAAGGCACCCCUUUCUUUCUGUCUUCUCCCCUCAACGUAGACAUCACCCCAGCUGCAAAAUACAGAGACUUGUGGAAAAAAAAAAAGCAAAAGCUUAAAA